AUGUCGAGCCCAAGACACUCGCCGCCUCCUUCGGCCGCUGCUCCCAAACCGAAAGGUAUCCUUAAGAAUGCCGCCGAGCGCAGACCAUCCCAGGGUGAAACACUGGGCCACGACGAGGAUGCAGCCAACAGGCUGCAAUGGGACGAGUCAAAUCUGACGCUUCACGAGAUCGAGCGCGAGCAGCAAGAGGCUCGCAUGAAGAUCGACGAGCCCAAGACGCCUUUCGUUCACGGCACAUCGCUCAAUCCUGUCGGCGAUGACGAGUUGUUUGAUCUGGAUGGUGUUGCUCCGAGCGCAAGCUCGAGUGGCAGUCGACGCGGCUCGGCAGCUGAACAACUCGCUGCCAAUACAUCCGCCAACGCGGGACGCGCACCAGGCGAAGGUCUAGGUCUCGCCGUCGAGCUUGACGCAGCAGAGCUUGCGAAAGGGGUUGACUCGACCAACAAUUCCACACCCUUUGAGUUUCAGGCGAGACCCACUUCGGCAAGAUCGACAUCGCGCUCACCCUCGUUCUCGCUGCCUCCCAAGAGCCCUUCGUCGCGACGAUCCAGCUCACGAUCUGCAACAACUGCUGCUGCUGAUGAUCAGAGGAGCGACGUGCGACAACAGGCGCACGAAAUGGACGUGGACGAGGCUGAUGAUGGCGAGGUGGAAGAGGAGGACCCUGAUCCAGAGACGCAAGCCAAGCACGCCGCCUUUGCUGCCAAGAGGAACCAACAUUACGGUAACGAGGCCGAGGCGAUGAAGAUUGCAGCUGCCCUAGCUGCCCAGGAUGAUGACGACGAUGAAGACGACGACGACGAAGUGGGAGGUCUGCCUCCUGUUCCGACUGCUCCCAACGGCACUGCUGCCAGGUGA